AUGGCCAGCUGUACCACUCCACUUACGAAGAGUGCUCGCAUCAACCGACAGACUAGCUCACUUCAAUUUCUAGUACCGUCUACACCUGAAUCAUACCCUAGGUCUGCACCAGCCAAUCCCUACCACUUCCCUUCCCCUUCACGUGUUGCCGCACCACAGACACCCACCCCACUCAAAAGGUCGUUGCCGUCCGACGAAAACUCUGUUCCUCAAUUCAUUCUCCACUCAUCGAGUGCGAAGAAGGCACGCACAAAUGCAACCAGUGUCCCCGAAACCAAUGGCAGCAAGCUCGCCUAUAUACUCUGUGCAAUCGAGCACGUAAACUGGACGCUUGCGGAGUUCCUAUACCAUGCCUUUCGCCCUCCUGUAAAGGGGGAUAAAUCCACUUCUCGAACGUCUUCGCAUGCUGCUUAUGUCCAGCAUUUCCUUCGUGGUCGCACCAAGUAUACUCCUGCCGACAUUGUUCACGCGUGGUUUCACUCGCCAGAUGGCAUCCUUAGCGACAACGACCCCGAACUCAAUUUAAUGUUCGUGACAACUCCUCCCUAUACUGAUCUCAAAGGAGUCCGUCCCGCACUCUCCUCGUUUGCAGCUCAGACUGUGAAGCAAAAGCUUGUCGCAGACAUCAAGCACGCUGUCAGGCCCGGAAACGGCCUUCACGUCUCAUUCGCCCCCUCGGAAUCUCGUCAAUCUUCAGACUGGGAUGACGUUGGGAGCAUGACCGUUACCAAAAUUGAAGAGACACUUCGCAAGGAACAACCCCUUGCAAUGGCACUUCUAGAAGCCAUUGCUACUGGCCCGCAACGCAAGCGCCGAGGCAAAGACACUCAGCGUCGUAUUCGCCCUGUCCGACUCGUUUGUACACAUGCACUGUCUUCCCUAGCAUUCUGUCAUUCUACUCAUGCCCAGGCCCUGCCAAUGGCCCGUGGAAUCCAUGAAUUUGCAUUAUCCAUUCCGUACGAUCUUUUCGUGUACAACAGCCGCAUUGGCACCUCUCCGUCAUAUAGUGCCAUUUAUAGAGCGCUUCAGAUGCUUUCUGUUCGAGAAGCUGAUGAAACCCGCUUGCUCGGUCAACAUUUGACAAAACGAGGUGUUCUUGUGAUCGACAACGUCCAGAAUUACCUAAGGCAGCGUGAUUCUCGUAUCGGUCGCUCUAACACCAUGAACAUUGGUCUCGCUGGUACCUACAUUGAAUUGGAGGAUAUUGACAUUCUCGCCUUUGACAUGUCCGCCAAGAGCCGUCUCUUGGACGAGAACAAGCGAACGUCUGCUAAAGUGGAAGACUAUCUUGAUGCCAUUGACCAAGUUCUCGUCGUACCAGGAACAUGUCUCCAUACUCUUCCGCACACGAGGUGCCAAACUCCAGCUUCCCAUUCGACCCAAUAA